AUGGCGGCAACUUCAAACAUGUUCCUCUAUUCCCUGACAAUCCAGCCCCCGACGACUAUCGGCCAGGCUAUCCUCGGCCAGUUCUCCGGCACCAAAGAACAACAGAUCAUCACGGCUUCAGGCUCUCGGCUGUCUCUACUUAGACCUGAUCCAACACAGGGCAAGGUCAUUACCUUGGUGUCUCACGAUAUCUUCGGCAUUAUUAGAGCUAUUUCAUCCUUCCGGCUAGCUGGAAGUAACAAGGACUAUAUCAUCCUUGCGACGGACUCAGGCAGGAUCGCCAUCAUCGAAUAUUUGCCGGCGCAAAAUCGGUUUUCACGGAUACAUCUUGAGACAUUUGGAAAGUCUGGAGUACGCCGAGUCGUUCCCGGCCAAUUUCUGGCAGCGGAUCCGAAGGGCAGAGCCUGUCUUAUUGCGGCUACCGAGAAGAACAAACUUGUCUAUGUCUUGAAUCGCAACUCGCAGGCGGAGUUAACGAUAUCAUCUCCCCUAGAAGCGCAUAAGCCAGGCGUUCUCGUGUUCUCCAUGGUAGCUCUUGAUGUUGGCUAUGCGAACCCAGUUUUUGCUGCCCUCGAGACAGAUUACACAGACGCAGACCAGGAUCCCUCCGGUGAAGCCUAUCAAGAGAUCGAGACACAGCUUGUGUAUUACGAGCUUGAUUUAGGUCUCAAUCAUGUGGUGCGCAAGUGGUCAGAACCGGUGGACCCAACAUCAUCGUUACUUUUCCAAGUCCCCGGAGGCAAUGAUGGCCCGAGCGGAGUCCUCGUUUGCGGCGAGGAGAAUGUGACGUAUCGGCAUUCUAAUCAAGAGGCCUUCCGUGUGCCUAUUCCACGACGACGCGGCGCUACGGAAGAUCCGCAACGCAAGAGAAAUAUAGUUGCGGGAGUUAUGCACAAACUAAAGGGCAGUGCGGGCGCGUUCUUCUUCCUUCUUCAAACCGAGGAUGGUGACCUUUUCAAAGUAACAAUUGACAUGGUCGAAGAUGCAGAUGGGAACCCAACGGGCGAGGUGAAGCGAUUGAAGAUUAAGUACUUCGACACUAUCCCGGUGGCGUCUAGCCUGUGCAUCUUGAAGAGCGGUUUCCUCUUCGUCGCUAGUGAAUUUGGUAACCACCAAUUUUACCAAUUCGAGAAGUUGGGCGAUGACGAUGAGGAACUCGAAUUUAGGAGCGAUGAAUUUCCAACCGAUCCUAGAGCCUUCUACGAGCCAGUAUAUUUCUAUCCGAGGCCUGCAGAGAACCUCGCUCUUGUGGAAAGUAUCGACUCGAUGAAUCCUCUAAUAGACUGUAAAGUUGCGAAUCUCACGGAUGAGGAUGCACCGCAAAUCUACGCCGUCUGCGGAAAUGGAGCCCGGAGCACGUUCCGUACACUGAAGCACGGGCUUGAAGCGAACGAGAUCGUGGCUUCAGAACUGCCCGGUACUCCUUCAGCUGUAUGGACUACCAAAUUGCAGCGGGACGAUCAGUAUGAUGCGUAUAUUGUACUAUCAUUCACGAAUGGAACACUCGUUUUGAGCAUUGGAGAGACAGUUGAAGAAGUCAGUGAUACUGGCUUCCUCACUUCUGUACCAACACUUGCAGUUCAGCAACUAGGAGACGAUGGCCUAAUCCAAGUUCAUCCCAAAGGCAUUCGCCACAUUCGUCACGGCCGUGUAAAUGAAUGGGCUGCACCGCAACAUCGAUCAAUUGUUGCUGCUGCCACAAACGAGCGUCAAGUUGCGAUCGCCCUCAGCUCAGGAGAAAUUGUCUAUUUCGAGAUGGACACGGAUGGUUCAUUAGCUGAAUAUGACGAGAAGAAAGAAAUGUUCGGAACUGGAUUUGUCAUGACACCUUUGAGCUAUGCAGAAUUAGAAUGGGGCUGGAACUUCAGCAGCGAGCAGUGUGAGGAAGGCAUGGUUGGAAUACAUGCCAAUUAUCUAAGGAUUUUCUCUAUUGAGAAUUUAGCGGAGAAUUUGAUUCAGAAAUCUAUUCCUCUUACUUACACACCCAGGCGACUCGUGAAGCACCCGGAUCAGCCAUACUUCUAUACUAUUGAAGCAGACAACAAUACCCUUGCGCCAGAGCUCAGACAAAAGUUGCUCUCAGAUCCUGGUGCAGUCAAUGGCGACGCCAAGGUUCUCCCUCCUGAAGAGUUUGGUUAUCCACGUGGUCGAGGCCGAUGGGCAUCUUGUAUCAGCGUUGUUGACCCAGCUAGCGAGGAUUCUACCGUUCUUCAGAGGGUAGAUCUAGAAGAGAAUGAGGCGGCAGUUAGUGCAGCUGUCGUCUCCUUUGCAAGUCAAGAUGGUGAAAGCUUUCUCAUCGUCGGAACCGGCAAGGAUAUGGUGCUCAACCCUCGUCAAUUUAGCGAGGGCUAUAUCCAUGUCUACCGUUUCCAUGACAAUGGGCGAGAUCUCGAAUUUAUUCAUAAAACAAAAAUCGAGGAGCCGCCGAUGGCUAUGCUACCUUUCCAGGGCAAAUUGCUCGCUGGUAUCGGAAAGACACUCCGAGUCUACGACUUGGGUCUAAGGCAGCUUCUCAGAAAAGCUCAAGCAGAUGUUGCACCACAGCUGAUUGUUUCACUGCAAGCUUAUGGCAACAGGAUUGUUGUCGGAGAUGUUCAGCAAGGCGUAACGUAUGUGGUUUACAAAUACGAGUCAAACAAGCUGUUGCCGUUCGUGGACGAUACGAUCGCCCGAUGGACUACAUGCACGGCUAUGAUCGACUAUGAAUCUACAGCGGGAGGUGAUAAGUUCGGCAAUGUCUGGAUCCUGCGAGCACCAGAGAAGACCAGUGUGGAAGCAGACGAGCCUGGCUCUGAAGUCCACCUGCUUCACGCCCGUGAAUACCUACAUGGUGCACCGAAUCGCUUGAACCUCAUGGCCCACUUUUACACGCAAGACGUUCCAACAAGCAUCACAAAAUGUAAUUUGGUAGUUGGUGGACAGGAAGUCCUGCUAUGGAGUGGUAUCCAGGGCACCAUUGGUGCUCUUAUCCCAUUUGUCAGCAGAGAAGACGUCGAUUUCUUCCAGAGCUUGGAGCAGCACAUGCGGUCAGAAGAUUCCCCCCUGGCUGGCCGAGAUCACCUAAUGUACCGAGGAUACUAUACGCCUGUCAAGGGGGUGAUCGAUGGUGACCUCUGUGAGAGGUUUACCCUCCUUCCUAGCGACAAGAAACAGAUGAUCGCCGGCGAGCUAGAUCGUUCAGUCCGAGAAAUUGAACGAAAGAUCUCGGACAUCCGUACCCGCUCCGCUUUCUAG